AUGGCUGCAUCGCACUACAGCCACAGCGAUGCUGAACAACCGCUCACCAGUUCAGAAACCAAAACGGUCAAAACCAGCCUCAGGAUUCCGCGCCGAAAAGUCACUCUCAUCUGCAUUACCCUCCUUCUUAAUGUGUUGCUCUGGAGUGCCAUCAUAUGUCUUGUCACUUCACUCUACCAGAUAAUAUCGGAUCCGCAGGAUAUAACAAACGUUGCGCCCGUGGUCUUGACGUUAACUUCAGCUCUCACGACAAUCGCAUACACGUUCAUACAUACAGUUUUUUCCCUCAAACAAAAGACAUGGGAGCAGCAACAGCGACACACUUCAGCUGUCAAGAAGACUUCCUACGUUGCCAUUCGCCUAGUGAUUUCGCUAUGCGUCUUGUGGCUGCUGACGACGGGAUGGAACAUGAUAAUUGUCGCCAGAAGACCUGUUUGCUUACAUGAGGCACCCGGACUUGAAGGUUGGGAAUUCGGUUCUACUUGCUUGGGAAGCCGUAUUGGCAUCGCGUUUGCCGCCAUAUCGCUAGUUACGUCAUGUGUGCUUUUUGGAGUACUUGCCGUUGUCAAUCGUCCCUUCGAGGCUCAUCUAUUUAGGCAUGGCUAUCAAAAGCCUGCAGAUAUAUCGCGUUCGCCACAUCCUUCCUUUGGGCAACCUCUAACUAGAAAUCUAACAUGGACAUUGGAGAAACGUAUUGAUGACCGACCUAGGUCUGUAUCGACACACAGGAGCAGGUCAUUCGAAACGGUCAACCGAAGUAAAGGUCUGGCACAACCAAUCGUUUCAGCUCCUUCUCGAGUUCGCUCAUCGGACUCCAGGAUUUUUACUUCGCCUUAUGCGCCGCCACCCAUACCUCCUGCUUACAUAGCGGCACAGCGCAACUCGUCAGCCUAUACUUCAGAUCGCUCAUCCCAUUCGUCCAUGAACCGUGGUUUCUUGACACGUCCGCCUCGGUUGUCUGGUAGUACGCGAAUCCCUGAGUCUGUACCUUUGUCCGUACCAGCACAGUAUCCAAUGUCUACAUGGCGCGCCAUACAUCCCGAAGGUCCUACUUCAGUUCCACUGUCGACACACUCGCGUCCUCGUUCUUACAGCACUGGGUUAUCUUACCAAAGUGAAUACUCGCGCUCCUCUGUAUUUCUUACUCGUCCAGCUCGUCUAAGCAACUCAAGAUCUAGUUCGCGACAUGGAUCUGAGGAGUUGAAAGGUCGAAACGACCGGUUUUCGAGCAGCAUCGUUGAGAGCAAGAGCGCUAGCCCUAGAGGGGGUGCUUAUGCCAUCAAGCAUGGUACACCUCUAGCUCAUACGGAACAUGUCAAACGUCAAAUUGGGCACCAUACGCGCACGGCCAGUGCCCCACAGGCUGCCUCACACAGAGAGUUUCAGAAAGAGGCUGAUGUAAAGAUCGUCACUCGUAAACCAGUGCCAGUUCGGCAAUUGAGAUCCGCUAAUCGUGUGGGAAUCUCAAGCGCUUUCAUUUAUGCUGAAGCAGCAGAAGAUAGCGUCAACAGGAUGUUGAGCGACUCCCGGAAUAAAUUGGGAAGCGCUGGGUCAGUGAAGGCAAGAACAAUGACCUUCGAGCAAGUAAAGAACAAGCCGUUGCCGAAGAUUGCUAUCUUUAGCGUCGAGCUCGAUGGACAUAUGGUACCAACUAGAUGA